UAGGCUGCAGGUAGGCAGCCUGUCGCUAGAGGGACUCUAGUUUCUAACCUUCUUCACAGCCCUCUGAAGUUGACCUGAGAUCUGAAAAAGGCGCAAAAUGGUGGUCUCAUUUCCGGCUCUCCUGCGACCCUUCCGACGCUGUCGAUGGGACCCGACACCCUGGGCGCGGUUGGCAGGGCCUACAAAGCUCAGGACCGGUGACCCAAACUCUUGGGCCCCUGCCAGGAUGGCGGUGACAGUGACGCUGGAGCCCGCGGGCCGCUGCCGCUGGGACGAGCCCGUGCGCAUCGCCGUGCGCGGCCUGGCCCCGGGACAGCCGGUCACGCUGCGCGCGUCCCUGCGCGACGAGAAGGACGCGCUCUUCCGAGCCCACGCGCGCUACUGCGCCGACGCCCACGGCCAGCUGGACCUCGAGCGCGCGCCCGCGCUGGGCGGCAGCUUCACGGGCCUCGAGCCCAUGGGGCUCCUCUGGGCUUUAGAGCCCGAGAAGCCCUUGCUGCGGCUGGUGAAGCGGGACGUGCAGACGCCCUUCGCCGUGGAGCUGGAGGUGCUCGAUGGCCACGACCCGGAGGCCGGAGGGCUCCUGGGCCGGGCGGUGAACGAGCGCGACUUCCUGGCGCCGGGGGUACGGCGCGAGCCCGUGCGCUCGGGCCGGGUGCGCGCCACGCUCUUCUUGCCGCCGGGACCUGUACCCUUUCCUGGGAUUGUGGACAUUUCUGGAACUGGACGUGGCCUUCCGGAAUAUCGAGCUAGUCUGCUGGCUGGGAAGGGUUUUGCUGUGAUGGCUCUGGCUUAUUAUAACUAUGAAGACCUCCCCAAGAGCAUAGAGAACCUCCACCUGGAGUACUUUGAAGAAGCUAUGAACUACCUGCUUAAUCACCCUCAGGUAAAGGGCCCAGGGGUAGGGCUGCUUGGGAUUUCCAAAGGAGGCGAACUCUGCCUCUCCAUGGCCUCGUUCCUGAAGGGCAUCACCGCGGCUGUCAUCAUCAAUGGCUCUGUGGCCAGUGUCGGCGGAACCUUACACUACAAGGGUGAGACGCUGCCGCCUGUGGGUGUCAGCCGAAGUCGAUUCAAGCGUCUUCCGUGACACUUGAAGGAAUCGCGCCAUCUAUCAAGCUGGAGUGUCAGUCUUCUCUAGAUGCUGAUCAUGAGUGAUAAAAGGCAGAAGCAGCAGAAAUUUGGGGGCCAAUUAAUGACGAAGUUAAAUUGUAGACCAUGUAUUUCAAAAGACACAAAGAUGAUUUCCUCUUUAAAUUCUCUUGAGUAGGAGGAUCUAAGAAAAGGGGAAAUAGAGACACCAUAGGCACGUGUUCUGGAGGGGAGAGUGAAACUACAUACUAUGAUGUGAAGAUUAGAAAAGAAUUCAGAGUGAUAGUGGCUUUUGAUAUGGGUCUUAACUGAUAGGAUCUCUUUUUCUCGAAUCUAGAGUAAUAAAAAUUCAUAGAAAACUUGGAAAAUAGAGAAAAUUAUUCACUAGAAAAGGAGUUGCAUAUAAUCCAUUCACUAGAAACUAGCACACUUAACAUUUUAGAAUAUUUCCAUUUUCCUCUAGGCUGCUUGUUGUGUGUAUUGAGUUUUUACUCAAUUAAGUGUACAUCCAUUUUACCUCAGUAUUGUAUGAUGUUUUUCUUACCAUGUUAUUAUAUUCUUCAAAUACAUGACUUUUUAAAAACAGUGAUAUGUAUUCCAUUGAUUGGUGCUACAACUCUUCAUUUAAUCCAUCCCCUAUUGUUAGCCCUUGACAUUGUUGAUAGCUUUUCUAUAUAAAGUCCGUUCCUAUGGUGAAGGGACAUAUACAUGUAUAAGUCUUUGUGUAUCACUGAUUAUUUCUUUAAGAGAGAUUCUUUGAAAGGAAAUUACUGGGUCAAACUUCUGAACAGUAUUAUGAUCCUUUACUAUGCAUACCAGAAACAAUCAAGUACACCAUCAAAGACACUGUAUGAGACAGCCAUGUUGUCAAUACUGGUGUAAUGUGUGUGUAUAGGUGUGCGUGUGUCUAAUUUUUAUAAUUUUAUAAAUUUUA